GUUAUGCGCCGCUCGAAACGUGCUCCGACAUGGAACAAACGAUUUAAACCGUUUAUGUAAAAUAGACCAAUUCAUCAGAAUUAUUAUGCAUCGCUGGUCUUUUUUCGCGUGACAUCACCUGUCCAUUUUUACUAAAUAAUUAAUUCGACAUUUUCUAUACAAAGAACGCUGGUUCGUCGUUUCCUUUCAGUAAAAUAAUGAAACGUUAUAGCUAGCGUCAAGCUAGGAAUUGCUUGUCUCAGUCACCGAAGCUAACGUUAGCUAACGUUAGCUAACGUUAACACCAGCAUCGACCCGAAGCCGUUCUGCAAGAUUUCCCAUCACUGGCAGCAACCAGCAAUGCAGAAGACAUGACCGUAAAGCAGACAGCCUCGUCCUCCCGUCAGUGAACGUGUCUAACAAGUGUCUCCUCUGUGUUGAUCGUUUAUCUCGACGAGAUGAAUUUCUUGCGGAAUCGUCUUGUUGUUCUGGGCUUAGUGUUGUUGGCCACGUUGCUGCUGUACCUGCUGCUGCCAUCCAUUCGCCAGGGCAGCAUGGAGCCAUCCCUAGAAGCUCAAAGAAUGGGUCUGAUGGGCACCCCUCCUCCUCCCAUUCCUACCAUCAAUGUGUCCAUUCGCACCGGACAGCUACCCGGGGACCCUCCACUCUUCUUCAGAGAAGCUUUGCCUGUCGAUGGAGCUGGACGACAGAUAUUGCCAAGGCUGCAAGUGGUCCUUCUGCAUGGCCAGGCCUUCACAUCCAAAACCUGGGAGGAGCUCGGGACGAUGGCCCUACUCGCAACUAAUGGAUAUCAGGCCUUAGCCAUGGACCUUCCAGGUUACGGAAAAUCACCAGACUCUGAAGCUUUGAAGACUGAUCAGAACAGAGUGGAUCUCCUUUCUAGAUUCAUGGAGUCUUUGGGUGUCCGAUCAGCCGUGCUGCUGAGCCCCUCGAUGAGUGGACAUUACUCCAUCCCCUUCCUCAUGAAGAACAAUGCUCAGCUACAAGGCUUUAUUCCCAUAGCACCAGUCGGUACACGAAGUUACACUCCACAGCAGUAUCAAAACAUUCAGGUUCCCACUCUAAUUGUGUUUGGAGCCAUGGACACAAAUCUGGGUGCCCAGUCCCACAAGAACCUCAUACAACUUCCUAAUCACUUUGUGCUUAAGCUAGAAGGAGCUCGGCAUGCUUGUUACAUGGACAAACCCAGAGAAUUUCACCAAGGCCUGAUUGACUUUCUCAGCAAACUGAAGUGAGAUGUGUGGUGGAGGAAGAAUAAGUGGAAAGAUGGAAACAAAAGAAAGAAGAGGAAAUAGUCAGCGGAACACUCGUCUCCUAAUUAAUGGUUUAGUGUUGUGACAAUUGAGAGGUUUCUAAGAGCUACAUAAUUCUCAUGUUAUCCCCUAAAGCAAGGACAUUGGCAUGGGAUUAGGUUUUAAUCCAUGGAAAUAGCCUGUAAAACCUAGUAGUGAUCUUUGACACCACAGUAGUUCAGAUGUCCCAUUCCAAAAGUAUUAUUUUUGAUUUGUCCAAAAAGACUAGUUCACCACCGCUUGUUGUUAAAAUAGUUUCAGAUUUGUAUUGUGCUUCACGUGCUUCAUGUCUCUCUUUGCAUGUAAAAAACACAGAUGGAAGUGUUUCUGCUUCAGUUACCUUUUCUGUAGGUUGCUGUAAAUAUGCAAAUGUGUCCGGUGACUGUGUUUGAAUAGCUUCACAUUUAACAAAAUAUUUAUUUAUUACAACCUAAAAACCAUUACAGCUUCCAAAAAAACAUGUCGGACAAAAAGAAACUGCAGUGAUUCAAGAUUUUUAAGAAACUGCUCACAUUUAUUUAUAUAUAUUGAUGAGGUUGUAUGUAAAGUAUCUGCAAUAAGUUUGGACAAUCAUGCCAAAAAACAACUUAAAUAAGAUGUGCAUAUAAAAUAAAACUACAAAUGUU